AACCGGCUAUAGGCUUUUUCCGAAGCGUUUAGUCUCUGGUCUACACCAUCUCUGAUCUCUUUCACUUCCUCGGCUAAGCUCAGCUCGCCUCGCCGGUCUCGGAGGAAAAUGCUGGCUCGCCUCGCCGCUAACCGUCUCCUCGAGAUCCGUCAGCUUUUCCGUCAGCCAUUAUCUUCGCGAUCCUUCUCCACUGCUCUCAACUACCACCUUGAUUCGCCGGAUAACAAUCCGGACCUUCAGUGGGAGUUCUCAGAUGUAAACAAAGAGAAGGCAAAGGAAAUAUUAUCUCACUAUCCAUCAAACUACAAGCAAUCUGCAGUGAUUCCUCUGCUCGAUCUUGCACAACAGCAGCAUGGAGGAUGGCUCCCUGUUUCAGCUAUGAAUGCAGUAGCUAAGGUUAUAGAAGUUGCUCCAAUCCGUGUAUAUGAGGUUGCAACAUUUUAUUCAAUGUUCAAUCGAUCAAAGGUUGGAAAGUACCACCUGUUGGUUUGUGGCACGACACCCUGUAUGAUACGCGGUUCUCGAGAAAUUGAAGAUGCUUUACUGAAACACCUUGGAGUGAAGCGCAAUGAAGUAACUAAAGAUGGCCUGUUCUCUGUUGGAGAAAUGGAAUGCAUGGGAUGUUGUGUGAAUGCUCCCAUGAUUACAGUGGCUGAUUACUCCAACGGAUCCGAAGGAUAUACUUACAAUUACUAUGAAGAUGUUACCCCCAAGCGAGUUGUUGAGAUAGUUGAAACCUUAAGAAGGGGCGAGAAGCUACCGCCCGGUACACAAAAUCCACAGCGCAUUAGAUGUGGACCAGAAGGAGGGAAUACUACUUUGCUGAGUGAGCCCAAGCCACCUCCAUGCCGAGAUCUUGAUGCCUGCUAAAGUCAUGGUAUUUAUUGUCUCAAAUAAUGUAAAGCUUGGAUAUUCUCAGGCUUCCAUGAAUUGUUUGCUUUCGUUGAAUCUGUUAGAUCCUCAACCAUUUUAGAAUUUCCCAUGCCAGUACAUAUCUGGUAAAUGUUGUUCUAUACAACAUUCAAGUCAUAACUUGGUUUAUUUACCUUCCAGCAAACGAGUGGAACGUAUGCUUUGAUAAAAUUUCUCAGGAACUUUCAACGUGGUUGAACAAUUGCCGUAGUAAAGCACCAUGACUCCCAUCUCCUGUUAAUGUUCAGGAUGAAAUGAUUUUUUUAUAAAUUGAGUUGAAUGUGAUU